GGUAAGGAACUGACAGAGGGAUCCAUCUGGCCAGUCCACCUCAAAGAGUGACCUCCAGGCCCCCACAGUUUGGGAUAAGGCGGUUGGCUGAGGGUCCUGCGCUGCCAAGAGCUUUGUGAAGAAACCAGAAGUCACUGCUCCAUCCCAAGCAGUAGCUUUACUCCACUUCCAUAAGAACAAAUGAUGUCGUGGCUGGUGGCUCUCAGAGGUGACUGCUUCAGUCAGCAGCACUGACUGAAAAAGGUUCUACGUCUUUUUACCUGGACUCCCAGAACCGGAAAUGUGGUCCAGAGCAGCCCUUUGGGUUCCAAGGUGACAUCACUGAUGGUGAAAGCCCGGCCAUCUGAGAGCCCAGAGCAGAGCUGGGCACAGCUUUCCGGUCAGCUGGGCGUCCCUUCUCUGCCCCUCCUGAGGGAUCAGCCCAGCUCUUCCCGCUCCACCGGCCGGGAGCAGUCGUCGGUCGAACCGGUUAAUGAACUGUAUCCACCAAAGUCUGCUGAUGUGAAGGAUGUUGCUAAGCGACCGAAAUGGGGUGGCUGUGGUGAUUCUGCCCGAUGUCCGCUCCUGUGAAGAGGUGACCCGCUUGCCCAUAUUGUGCCAUGGGGCCCGCCGGCGGCUUGCUCAGCAGUGGACAAGUGCCCGUUGUGUUCUGGGGGAGCUUGGCCACUGUGGGCACUUUCCUCCUCCUCCUCACCUUCCUCCUCUUCCUCUGCUCCAGCUGUGACAGAGAGAAGAAGCCCAAACAGAGCGGAGACCAUGAGAAUCUGAUGAAUGUGCCUUCCGACAAGGGUCUGUUGAGCCACUCGGUGACAAGCCUGACGACAGACGCGGCGGCCAGCAGUGAGCCGAACGGGGGCCUCAGUAAUGGCGACAUCCUCUCAGAAGACAGCACCAAGGCCUACACGCUGCCUUACGAAGAAGUCCAAACCUCCGUUUCCGACCUGUUGGACUCGCAGGAAAGCGUGGGAAAAUCCAUCAAGUGCCAUCAGAGCCGGGAAUUACCCAGAAUUCCUCCUAACGGCACGCUGGAGCCCAUUCUCCCGCCUAGGACGGAGGCCAGGGAGCGGGGCCUUGGAACGGAAGGGCCGUACGAGGUCCUGAAAGUCAGCUGCUCCCAGGAAAACAUGGUGGAAGACUGCUUGUAUGAAACCGUGAAGGAAAUCAAGGAGGCGGGAGCCUCGGCUGACGCGGACCCAAGCCACGGCGGCGGCCACCAGGAGGGGUCAGCGACCGCUGGCCGGGGCCUCCUGGGGUCUGUCUCAGAAGGCCAGACGGGGUCAGCCGAGUAUGCCUCAGUGGACCGGAACAAGAAGGGCCGGCAGAGUCUGAGUGCAGAAAGCGUCCUCGGGGGUUUGGCGGAUCUGGAGGAAGAGGCCCCGCCCCCGGUUCCUGUCAAACUCCUCGACGAGAACGAAAAUGUCUGGGAGAAGGAAGACGAGAGAUCAGCGGCUGUGAAGGAGGAGGAGGGAGAGGCCUCAGAGAGCCCCGUUGACACCAGCAAGAGGCUCAGCUCGCUGUCUUACAAGUCUCGGGAAGAUGAUCCAGCCCUUACAGAGGAGGAGAUUUCGGCCAUGUACUCUUCAGUGAACAAGCCAGGCCUGGCCAACCGCCUGGCCCCCGCCCCCUCCGUGGCCAUCCAGGAAGUGGGGCCCCCGAGGUCCCCGUCGUCCUCAAAUGACCUGUACGCCACGGUGACGGACUUUGAAAACCUCACCGAUGGACAGGAGCCGCCCCCACCCCGGCGAGACAACGAGCCGGAGCCGGACUACGCGGCGAUCCAGUCCCUGGGCCGGGACGAGGGCCGGGCCGGGCCGGGCCCAGAGCGCGGACGCCCCCUCCCCGCCCAGCCCGAGAGUGACUACGAGAGCAUCGGGGACCUGCACCACGGCAAGGAUUUCACCCGACUCUAGCGGCCGCGACCCUGGCCCGCAACCGCCAGUCUGCCGGCAAAAGGAGUUGGGUGCGGGGUAGGGACACGGUAUGGGUACAGGGGAGGGGGAGGCAGAGGAAAGGGUCUGCCAGGGGAUGCUCGAAGGCUGAAGAACUUGGUGGGGGCGGUGGUCGGUGACCAUUUUUCAGGCCUUGCAAGAGAGAAGUUGUGCUCAUACAUACAGGCAUCCAUUCACAUGCUCACACAGACCCAUAUGCGCGGGCAAACAUAUACACACACACCCCCAUAUACACACACGUGCAGACACACGCAUGCACAGCGCUGGCCUGGGAGAUGGAUCACAUCUAUGACAGCACACGGAAAACAGUGAGUGGGGUCACAACCGGGUACGAUGACCACUCUCUAGCAAACCGAACCAAUCACCUGCCAAAAAUCCGGCCUUCCACAAAGUAGUCGAGUCCUGCCCCAUACCCCCUGCCCUCUGCCUGGAGCGAACAGCUUUCACCGAUCACUCUAAGAGAUUUCUCCUCUGAAACCGUCGCCUCUCGCCUCGAACCAGACUCUCGGGCCCCCAGAGAGCCCACGGGCCGCCCGUGGCGGAGGGACCCCGAGGGCCGGCCAUGGCGGGGGGCACUCCGUGGGCUGUCAGGACUGGUGACCUCCCCAGGACUCGGGCAGCCGCUUCUUCCGCCAGGCCAGGCCACCCCCAGCACCUCUGGGCACUGGUGUCCAAAGCACUUGAAUUCUCUUCUUGAUUCUUUGAUUUAUUUUUCUAAUCGAAGUUCUUCGGGAUUUUUCAGUAUUUUAAGAACCUCGUGGUACUGGUAUUCACGCCUGUGUAGACAAAGAAUUCUUUAUGACUGGGAGGUGCCUGUUUCACACAAAGAGCCUGAAGCUACCCAGCGGUGGGGCCCGUGGGCUCAGCCACAGCCAGCCCUGCUGCCCAGCCACGCGAGCGCCCACCUGGGAGGGUGCCCAGCAGGCUCUGCUCCACCCGCUCGUCUGCAGAAGGUAAUCUAGCUGGGCCACAGUGCAAACGUUUAUUUUUGAUGAGAGAAAUCAAGAAGGCAUUUCAGGUUUUCUGCCUCAUUUCCAACAAGUCCCGAUAUCUGAA